GUCUCUCUGCUGACCUGUCUCUCUACUUGUCUGCUGACCUGUCUAUCUACCUGUCUCUCUGCUGACCUGUCUCUGUCUCUCAGGACGAAGGCUCUGGUGUUGGAGUUAUUGGCAGCGGUGUGUUUGGUCAGAGGAGGACAUGAGAUCAUCCUGUCGGCCUUCGACAACUUCAAAACUGUGUGUUCAGAGACGAUGCGUUUUGAGAAGCUGAUGGAACAUUUUAAGAACGAAGACGACAACAUCGACUUUUUGGUGGCCUGUAUGCAGUUCAUUAACAUCGUGGUUCACUCGGUAGAGGACAUGAACUUCAGAGUCCACCUGCAGUAUGACUUCACUAAACUCAACCUGGACGAGCACCUGGAGAGGCUGAAGCACACAGAGAGCGACAGGCUUCAGGUCCAGAUUCAGGCCUACCUCGACAACGUGUUUGACGUCGGGACGCUGCUGGAGGAUGCUGAGACCAAAACUGCUGCUCUGGAACGAGUGGAGGAGCUGGAGGAGAGCCUGGGCACGAUGUCAGAGCGGCUUCUGGAUGUGGAGAACGAAGCGAUGCUGAAGAUCGUCGAACUGGAGAAGCAGCUGAUGCAAACCAACAAGGAACUAGACCACAUCCGGGAUGUGUACGCAAGCACUAACUCUCAGGUGCACACCUUGCGGCGGAUGGUUCGGGAGAAGGACCAAACAAUCCGGCGCCAAAGUCGUCUGGAGCGUCAGGCUCAGGAGGCCCAGCAGGCCGGAGGACCUGGAGCUCCUCAACCCCAGAGAGGAGAGGGGGAUGGGGGGGUGGCUGACUCCGCCUCACCUUCACCUCCACCCUGUCCUAACCUGUCCCCUAGUCCGGAGACCGUGGCCUAUCACAGCAUGGGACCGGGGAUAGGCGGAGCUCCAGACAUGCCGCCCCCACCCCCGCCCCCGCCUCCACCACCAAUGCCAGGCACAGGUAAGUUUCAGCUCCACCAGUCCGGGCGCUGCAUCUCCAAUGGGUCGUACCCUGCACCUCCCCCCCCUGCUCCUCCCCCUCCCCCCCCUCCCCCUCCUCCCCCCUGUCGGACCAGCGAGCUCUCAUCCUCUGUCCCCAUGCCCCCCCCCCCUCCCCCUGUGGCCCCGCCUCUCCCGGGGUCAGGGGGGUCGCCCACAGUCAUCUUUAACUCGGGACUUGCAGAGGGUCCUCUCAAGUUAUUCUCGGUGAAGAUAAAGAAGCCCAUCCAGACGAAGUUCAGGAUGCCGGUGUUGAACUGGGUCGCCCUGAAGCCGAGUCAGAUCAACGGGACUGUGUUCAAUGACAUCGACGAUGAGUCCAUUCUGCAGGACCUGGAUGUGGAGGGGUUUGAGGAGCUGUUCAAGACGAAGGCUCAGGGUCCAGCGGUGGACUUGACUCUGUCCAGACAGAAGCUUCCUCAGAAAGCUCCGUCCAAAGUCUCUCUGCUUGAGGCCAACAGAGCCAAAAACCUGGCCAUCACCCUCAGGAAGGCCGGCCAAGGGCCAGAGGUCAUCUGCCGGGCCAUCCACACGUUUGACCUGCGAACAGUCCGGGUCGACUUUGUGGAGUGUCUGAUGCGUUUCCUGCCGACGGAGGCAGAGGUGAAGCUUCUACGGCAAUAUGAGAGGGACAGAAAGCCUCUGGAGGCUCUGAGCGACGAAGACCGCUUCAUGAUGCAGUUCAGUCGUAUCGAAAGACUCAGUCAGCGCAUGUCCAUCAUGACCUUCAUGGGCAACUUCACUGACAACGUCCAGAUGUUAACGCCGCAACUCCACGCCAUGAUCGCUGCUUCAGUUUCUAUAAAAUCGUCUCAGAAGCUCAAGAAGAUCCUCGAGAUCAUCUUGGCUCUGGGAAACUACAUGAACAGCAGUAAGAGAGGAGCUGUGUACGGAUUCAAGCUGCAGAGUUUAGACCUGCUACUGGACACCAAGUCGACAGACAGGAAACAGACGCUGCUUCAUUACAUCUCCAACGUGGUGAGAGAGAAAUAUCCUGCAGUGUCUCUGUUUUACAACGAGCUGCACUAUGUGGACAAGGCUGCCGCAGUGAGUCUGGAGAACGUGCUGUGUGAUGUGAAGGAGCUGCAGCGCGGCAUGGAGCUCACCUGGAGGGAGUUCAGCAUUCAACACAACUCCACGCUCAAAGACUUCAUCAGCAGGCAUGAAUCACGACUCAACAAACUUCAGGAGGACGCACGCAUUGCUCAGGACGCAUUUGAAGACGUGGUCAAAUUUUUUGGAGAGAGCUCAAAGACGAUGCCACCAUCUGUCUUCUUCCCCAUCUUUGUUCGUUUCAUCAAAGCAUACAGGCUGGCGGAGGAGGAGAACGAGCAAAGGAGGCGCCAGGAGCAGAUGUUACUGGAGAAACUGGAGCAGGAGGAGCAGCAGGAGGAGGAGGAGACCAAGUCUCCGUCCCACAGGGGGAAGCGGCAGCAGCAGGAGUUGCUCACUGAGCUCAGACGACGACAAGGGAAAGACAGCCGCCAUGUUUAUGAAGGGAAGGACGGCGCCAUAGAGGACAUCAUUACAGCUCUUAAGACCGUCCCCUUCACGGCCCGAUCGGCCAAACGCAGCUCUCGCUUCUUCUGUGACCCCGCCCACUCUGAGGAACAGGUCGAUGUUGAUGACGCGUCCUCCAUUGUAACAGGCCACCCAGAGACGACCUUCACCGUCAACCGUCAUCCCGUCUGGAAGCCCCUCCCCCUCCUCCAUACGGACGCAUUGAAGACUGGUCAAAUUUUUUGGAGAGAGCUCAAAGACGAUGCCACCAUCUGUCUCUUCCCCAUCUUUGUUCGUUUCAUCAAAGCAUACAGGCUGGCGGAGGAGGAGAACGAGCAAAGGAGGCGCCAGGAGCAGUUACUGGAGAAACUGGAGCAGGAGGAGCAGCAGGAGGAGGAGGAGACCAAGUCUCCGUCCCACAGGGGGAAGCGGCAGCAGCAGGAGUUGCUCACUGAGCUCAGACGACGACAAGGGAAAGACAGCCGCCAUGUUUAUGAAGGGAAGGACGGCGCCAUAGAGGACAUCAUUACAGCUCUUAAGACCGUCCCCUUCACGGCCCGAUCGGCCAAACGCAGCUCUCGCUUCUUCUGUGACCCCGCCCACUCUGAGGACACUACUGAGGAUUACAUCAGAGAGAGGGCAGGCUCCAGCUGA